AUGGUUGUGCUCUUGUUCAGAGAAGGCAAUAGUAAACUGGAGUGGGACAUUGCCAACCCUAUGGAGUCUGUAUUCCAUGCCGUUGCUAUAUGUGAUCCUGAAUUCGACUGGUCCUCUGUUGAUCUCGUCACAGACCGCAACAAUCUGAGGAAGUUGCUGAAGUUGGUGGACCCAGUUCAGAGCAAGCCAUUCUUCCCGGGUGCUGAGGAAGGAUUCGCAAUCCUCGCAGAUGUCCCAGCUGGCAAGAGACCAGUUGUGUUCACUGCGCAUAGAGAGGGUCUUGAGAGGAUUAAUAGAGGCUUUGGUGCAUCCUUCGAGGAGCAUGUGACGGUGGCUCCCAAAGGGACCGCUAGCUUCGAAGAGUAUCAUAGGCUCGUCCUCCUGACCAUCGACAGGUUGAGAAUACUCGUUAGAACUGAAGUCGAUGCUGUGUUGAAUGACUCUGGAGACGAGGCUUCAUUGAAGGAUUGGAUCCUCUGUAAGGGCAGCGAUACGAUGCAUUACCGCGCCUUUGGGAAGUUCAACGCUGAGGAGACGGUGGUUGAACUGAAGAGCAAGAGCGCUUUCUUCCCCGACUUCCAAUGGAGGGCUACCUUCUACCAGAUGUUAUUAGGCAAGGCGGAUAAGAUGGUCCUCGGCUGGCACACAAGGGGCCUCUUCAAACCUCCAACUGAAUAUUCAAUAUCGCAAAUACGAAGUAAAGUGGAAGACGAUGUUGAUAAGCGUAUCCGUCAACUCGGCGCUUUACUUCAACGCUUGGUCGAUACACUCAAGGGGGAGGAGAUGCCCAAGGCGUUGGAGUUGACUUGGGAAGGGCGACUAUCUGAUCUCAUCAUCGAGGCAGGCAAUGUGACGAAUCCGACUGGUGUUUCGGAGACUUGCAGAUUCGUUGAAUCGUUCAUCGAGUAG